AGAUGCAACCAGCGCACCUGAAAAUGGCGGCGUCCGCACUGCGCUGGCUCUGGCGAACGCCGUUGUACCGGCUACUCCCUUCAGAGGCACCUGGCAGGUUCCUAGGUCGAGCUGUCGCCUCCGCUCCCCCGGUCUAUAAUUCUGAAUUCCGUAGCGAAUACAGCUUGGACAAACUCUAUCCGUCGUCACAAAAAGGAACCGACACAACAAAGUUACUUGAAGGCUUUCCAGAAUCUGAUGAUCCACAUCUCAACAAGCCAAGUCAUAUGGGGAGUAAUACCAUGGUGAUUUCACCACACUGGCCCUGUUCAGAUGCUAAGCCACGGUGGGAUAGGGCAAACCAGACUGCUGCUGACAUUCCUAUUGCUCGUUUGUCCAUAUCUUAUUCCCGGAGUAGUGGCCCAGGAGGCCAGAAUGUUAAUAAAGUGAAUACUAAGGCAGAAGUUCGAUUCCAUUUGUCAUCAGCAGACUGGAUCGCAGAAGACGUGCGACAGAAAAUGGCAGUGAUGCACAGGAAUAAGGUCAAUAGAGCUGGAGAGCUGAUAGUCACCUCUGAAAUGAGUCGCUACCAGAUGAGGAAUUUGGCAGAUUGCCUGCAAAAAAUCAGAGACAUGAUUGCCGAAGCUACUGCGAAGCCUCAAGUUCAUUCCAUAGAGACUGUGGAGAUGAUCAGAGAAAGGGUGGAAAAAAUGAACCGUGAACGUCUCCGACAAAAAAAACAGCACUCUUCCCUAAAGCAAAGCAGGCGUAUGGACUUUGACUAAACUAACCAGAGGAGAAAACAGAGGUGGCCUGGGACACCUUCCUUGGACUGUUUUAUUCCUUGGAUUGGGAGGGGGGGCGUGGAUUUUUAUGAGUUCUUUGUGGAAAAGUAAAACCUAUGCCAUAAAAGCUGCUCUUUGCAUUUAAUGAAAUAGGUAUGGAUGUUUUCGCUAAAACUGUUAAGGUUAACUAGUGGACUAUGAAGAUUCAGCAAACGCAUACUGACGGCAAUGGUUAGCUUUCUCAUGAUCAGCUAUCAUAAGCAUGGUUUUUGUCCGCUUUUUAAGACUCUCAUUUUCCACAACAAAGAACUUUACUGCUUGCCUCAUGUGUGUCUUCCCUGUUCUCUUCUGUAAUCUGUUCUCAUCCAUUUCCUACCUAUUCAGCAUAUCCAGGUAUACAGCUCUAUUCCUUCAUUUGCCCUCUAGUCCUAGCUGUUGGCCUAGUGCUGUUUUGUGGGCUUUUGAUUAUCUGCCCAUGUAUGCAAAGAUAAACUGCUGCGUAAGACUAUAUUUACACAGCCAGCUUUUUCUAGAGCUGUUUGCAUGUACUAGUGUGAACAAGUUACUCCUGUUGGACUUGCUGAGCCACAAUCCUGUAAUUUUCCAGCACCACUUUCCUCCAUGUGUCCUUAGCUACAGUUGACCCCCACAUCCUCCAUAUACAGGCAAUAUGGAUAAUGAAUCUGUUCAUUUCCCAAUGUAUCUGCUUUUCAAAUCCUGCUUUUCUGGCUAACAGCAGGCUGCAAAGCCAUCUGACAACUAGUACUUAGCAGUUAGAUACUUUAAGGCAAUGGUGACUUGGAGCAGGGAAGAGCAGAAGGCAGAUUGGGAUCUCCUGGUAGAUCUCUGGUGACUCCCAAUUGUCUUGCAACAACUAAAAAGCUUUUUCCCCCACCUUACCCCCGUCACUGAAUUAGAUUGCUGAAAAAGUAUGUAUGUAUGUAUGGGGGCAUAAACAUGAGUGGGGUUUUGUGAGCUUGGUUUUGUGAUUCCUGGGCUGAGCAUGUGCUCAGGAGCGCUCAUGUAGCUCAACUUAAUUCUUAGUGUAUAUCGGCACAACCUGGGCCAUUGUUUUGCACCCGGGUCCGGUUGGUAGGUCUUACGGUUCUAGAAAAAAAAACCAAAGUAGAUCCUGCAUGCAAUGAAGUCUGCCCAUCCUGGCUUUAGGAGGACUAUAAUGGAAAAUACCCCCACUCCCAGUGUGUUAUGUACCAUCUAGGGCCAGAUAGCUCCAGAUGUUUUGGUCCUUGUCAGUUGGAACCAAAACGUCUGACGCUAUCUGGCACAGCUGAACAGGCUCCAGAAAGGCUC